UAAUGAUUAUUUCAACUCGCUCAGUUUGCAUUGUGUCUUUAUAAUUAUCGAAAAUUAUUCUUAAAGGUGAAAUGACAGUGGUACGAGAAAUAAAUUCAUGUGCUUAAUUGGAACCCACCUAAAUUGCGCUAGUACAAAUAUAUUGAAGCCGCAGAUAUAUUUUUACAUCCGUGUAAUGUAUCGCGUAUACAAGAAUAAAGUGCGUUAAAAAAAUGGCGAGACCACGUAUCAAGCGGAUACAAAAAAUCGUGCGAAAAAAAGAGAUCGUUAAUCAGGAUGAUAGCUACUUAGUCAGAAAACGUCGGAGUUCCUUGCGAGUGAACCUCAGUUUCGUGUCCAAUCUGUCAGACACCGAAAGAACCCACAACAACGAUGACUACGACAACGACGCUGCGGUGGAUUGGUCUGGUGCGCAAAACGAUAAGGUACUGCAGGUGGAAACUCCGAGUAAGAUAAGAAAAAUUGCCGUGAUCCAUCAGGUAAGUGAAGACACUGCGACGACGCCUGGGAGCGUUGGAAAUGUUACAGUCAUCGACGCUGCCAACCGACGUCCGCUAUCUAGUAACAAAAACAAUGUAAAUAAAAAGUCAAAAGAAGCCCGAAGCAAUACUCGGAUAGUCAUAGAGGAAAAGGAGCUGCAGCUCAACAAAAGCUGCAUGCAGCUCAAAGAUGCCAUUAUGAGCAAAACUAAAGCUCUCUUUGACGAGGAGAAUGAACUUGCCAUCAAAACUUCGGAAAUUCUGACAGGACACUCGCCUAUAAUCGCAGAACCAGAGCUGGAUGAAUUGCGGGAUCAAAGAACGCCGAGUGUUAAGGUAAACAUUGGUAAAAAUCAACAGAUAGUCAUGUCAGGAGAUGGUAAAAACAAACAUCCAGUUGAAGUUAAUGCUAUGAAAUGCCAAUCUAAAGAGAAAGAAGCUUUGUUGUUGCAUAAAAAUGAUGGCAGUGACAAUGAUGACUGUUAUAUGGAUUGUAAUCAGAGUAUAGUAAGCACACCAAAGAAAAUAAGGCUUAGUGACAAUGGAAGUAAAAAUGAUAAAUCCAUUAGCAGAAUCAGUGACACUGGAGCUAGAAUUCCAGUUGCAAGAUUAUUUGUUAGUACGACUGAUUUCAACAGAACUGUAUCAGACUUGCAUUUAGUUCAAAGUUUAAGCAGUCAAAAGUUGAAUGAGCCAAACGAAGCUGACAAGAGUAGUAGUGAAAAAGCUGAAAAAUCUCUUGUAUCAAAUUUUAUUAACCAAUCUGGGAGUCCAAUUCUAAGUCAAGGUAAGAGAUCUAAAUUUUCUCUAACUCUUAAAAAGAAACUUACAAGUACUUCAUCGGAAGAAAGCUUUCUUAACAAACAACCUUUGAUUUCGUCUUCGCUCAUUGAAAAAAAAAGUGAUUCAGACAAAAGUUGUCCUACAAUAUAUGUAGAUAAUAGUAAAGAUAACAGCAAAACCAUUAACAUUGAUGAUUCUACAAGUAAAUCAUGCAUGGAAAUUACCACAAUUUCAUCUCACAUGCCAAUUGUUCGUAGAUCGUUUCAAAAUGAGAUCCGCAAAUCAUUAAAACUUAAUAGUAUCAGUAUUUUGCAGAAUGAUUCGCAAUUGAGUACUCAAUUGAAUAAAAAUACAGGCAAAAAUAGUAAUUUACCUGUAGUUGAGAAAGCUCACAGCAGUAAUGAUUAUCAGGAAGAUUGUAGCGUCAAUACUAUAAGAACAUCGCUCAAUGUAAAUACUUCGCUUGAUAGAAUUACUUCUGUGGACAGUAUUGCACAGAAAGAAAACAAAACACCAAACAACUCGACAAGCACUGAAAUAAGCUCUAAAAAUCAGGUUGAAGAAAACAAUACAACGACGGUUCAACGUCAAAGUACAUUUAUUAUUCCUACUGCAAAGCCUAAAAAAUCUUUGUUACUCCCUCGAUACUCAACGAAAAACAAGCAUCAAAUGGAAAAAAGAAGUGAUAAAAUAUCUGGUAGCCCAAGUACAGAUUACAAUAAACAAAACGGAAACAGUAAUGUAGCAUGCCAGAAAUCAAGUCCUACUAAUAAUCAAGAAAAAGGAGACAAUGAUAAAAUAAUAUUAUCAAGACAGCCUAGUAUUAGCACUGUGAGAUCUUCCUUGCAAGUAAAUACAUCCUUGGAUUCAGUCAGAAAGUCACCAGUUGCUCACAAUGUUUUGGACUUUAAUAAGAUGGUGACAAUGAUAGAAGAAACUACAUCUCAUAAUAAUCAAAGCGAAGUAAGUACCUAUUCUUCAAACAAUCAAUCUUGCGAUAGUGAUGAUGAUCAAGAAGGUAUAUCUCUAAUGGAGAGAUUACGGAAUAUUUCUAAAUCCAAGAAAAAUGAGUCCAGGGAACCAAGCCCAAAAAGUAAAUCUAAAUCUAUCAGUGACUCUAAGAGAAAAAAAAUUCUCGGUGUGGAUGGCACAGAUUCCAGUGUAAAAAGACAAUCUACCAAUAUUGAACAUGUUCCAUUGUAUAAUACAAGAAAAUCUUCUAAAUCUAGAUACAGUCGCGCAAGUACAUCAAGAAAAUCCAGAAGAUUUGGGAACAUGAGCAACGAGGCUAGUAUUGUUGAAACAACUCCUUAUCCUGCUAGUCGUUCUCUUUUACUGAAAACAAUCAUCAAAAACAAUAUUGCAAUGAAUACCAUAGAUCCUAAAAAAUUCAUUGAUUUAUCAGAUAACAAUGAUUACAAUGAUGAAGAAGAUGAUGUUGGUGAUGAUGGUAGCAAUACAAACUUUGACGUGCAAACAGUUCAUCACAAGACACAAAAAACAUCUUCAAAAAGGAGUAAAAGUAUUCGUCCAAGUAAAAAGCCGUCAAGCCCUAGAUUGAUGGAUACAAUUCUUGUUUACUCAUCUGAUGAAUCUUCAAAUGAAUCGGAGCAAGACAAAAAACGAGUGGUUAUAGAAGAAUCUAUAAACGUGACGAAAGUUCUUGAUAAAUCAAACAAAAAUAAGAGUAUCAAAGAAAAAUCAAAUAACAAAUACAAAUUAAAAAGAAACAACAAACUCGGUAAACAGCGACAAAACGAAAAAUCAGCAAACAAGCGUAAAUUAUAUGCGUUACGAGAUAACUCGUUAAUUUCCUUCUCUCCCUCUGAUAUACAAGAGAUUAGAGAAGACCCAAGACCAAGAACAAUAAAACGGAAGACUAAAAAACGCCAUGCAUCGUUAACGAAAAAACCAGAAAUUGUUGAUGAAAAUAAGUCAUUAAUUAGUCCGGAACUCUGUUAUGAGAAUGAACCUGAAGAAAUCGAUCCACAACAAGUAGUAAAGAAAAAGAAACAAAGGAAAAGGUUAAGGAAAAAAAUUGUUGUCAAAAAAAUAAAUUCAAGGUUAUUAGAUAAUUUGACGCAGGACGAGGAUCGACGAAUUCAAAGAAUGACUCAACGAGAUUCUAUGAAAGAAUUUGACUUGAGAAAUAUGUUGAGAAAAGAUAAAAACCGCCAAAGCCACAGGAUUGUUAUUGUUGUCACUGGACUGCCACGAGGAGAUAAGGAUUUGGUUAAAUCUGUGAUAAAAGCCUUGGGCUCUGCGGUUCUGGAAUUAAACGUAACACCUCGAACAACGCAUGUUAUUAGCACGGGUGUGCGCACGAUAAAUUUAUUAAAAGGUAUUUUGCGAGGCUGCUGGCUUUUAAGCUUAGAAUGGGCUCUCAAAUCGUUAGAAAGUGGAAAGUGGUUAGAUCCAAGUCCGUAUGAAAUGUCGCAUUUUGCGAAAGCGGUGCAGGAAAACCGUAAAGAUCGGCAAUUGUUUGGAAAAGCUUAUGUGCCGGAAUUAUUUGUUACAUGUGGCCUAAUUUACAUCGAAAAUGGAACAUCACCUCCGGCACCAGUACUAAAAGAAUUAGUUAAAAUAGCUGGAGGAAGAAUCACGGAAUAUUCCGAUCUAGCCGAUAUUGAAAUAGGUCCAAAUGGAUUAAAAGAAAUUUGGAUUCUCGAUUCAAUCACAACGGGUGAAGUACAGUCCUUUGAGCAGUACAAAGAAAAUUAAUUUAAGAGAAAUUACUAAUAUUUAUCAAAAACUUUUUUCUUUCUUUUUUUUGUGCUUUGAAAAGAACUACUAAUUCAAUAGAAAAAAUGUAUGACACGAUCAAUGAUCAUGUUCUGCAAAUGUUAAAUAUUUAUAUCUAUCGGCAAAUUGAUAAUAAUAAUAAUGUUAUUGAAAUUUAAAUUAUGCUCCUCAUCUAACAUUUGACUCUUGAAGAAGAAAAAAUCUUGU